GUUUUGAAAACAAGGAGGCCGGCAGCAAUCUCCACUCUGAAGGCUGCAGGUAGGACACGGAUCGUCCUCGAAUAGUGCUUUCAGAUUUUUUGCGUAUUUUCAAUACGCUGUACAAACACUCAUUGACGAACGCUUUGAUUCGGGAAGAACCAUCAUGUGACGUGUAGGUUGAUAGGUUGGCUCUCAGAGCAAGCUUAUACGUAGAAUAAUGAAAACUUUGUCUCAAUCAACACUGCGAUUCUCCUUCUGAUUAUACAUGGCUUAUUUCAUCGGUAGGUUUUUUUCAUACUUGGCUCAAAAAAGGCCACCUUUGUCUGAGAGAGGAUACUGCGUGACAUUUAUAAUGGUUUCGUCAUCUGACAAUUCAACGCAUCACAUUCAUUUGUCGCCUAGAUUCACAGUGAGUUCUUGUGUGCUCUUGAGUUCCCUUUACGUAGGAACCUAAUCCAGUCUCAUUCUGUUGAAAGCCUUGCCUCGAGAAUGCGAUGAUUACCACGUUCUUAGACAAGAAGGAAACAAUUGCCAGCAAGAACUUGGAAAAUCCGAAAUCCUUCUGUGGACUUCUCAAUGGUAAAUUUAGAAGGUAAGUGUCCCUCACAUCACGGUGUUUGUGAUUUCACAUAUUAUGCUCUCUUUUCUGUCCGGAAAGGUGUGAAAACCACAAUUUGUUCGAAGGUUACGUGAAAUACAACCCACCGUUGAUAAAAUAGUUGUCACACGUUGCAAAGAUAUAUGACAUCCUCUUUAAAAUUCUCUUACAAUGUGCUAAAUCGCAAUAAAUACGAAAUCAAAUCUAAUUGAUAGUUUGGAGCAAAGAACUGGAAGCCUUAUUUAGAAAGCGAAGGAUUACUUCUGUUUCUCAGUAAAUCUUGAUGAACGUGACAGAGAUAACCUUAAGAAAGAUAUCAGAGUCAUCAUGGCCCCGUAAGCCACUUUUCCACUUUUACUCGAGUGAAGUUGAGAGUACUAAUUCUAAAGUAAACAUGCGAGAAAUUUAUCCAGACUCAUCUUAUCUUAGGGGUGCUUUAACUCUUUUCAUUUUAUUUUCAGAAAUCGCUCUGAGACACGGAAUUAGCAAUUUCAUUUUUUUUUUUUGAAUGUGAAAUAUGUGUGUUGCUUUCGGCCAUUCUAACGGGGCCACAUAAUUAUAUGCUUUUACCUAUCUUUAAGAGGGAAUCCCCCUUUGCUCGCACAUAAGCAGACCAUAACAUGUACUAUAUUGUUGUGUAUUGGAAGUUGGGUAGGAGCAUUUUAAAAAUACCUUACUGAAGAAGGAACCAAAUCAACCUGAAUUUAUGAAACAAUCAACAAAGGCAGCCUCAUACUUGCAUGUAUUUUAGAUUUGUUUCUACUUAGCUUAAGAACAUGCCAUUAUUGCUGCAAAUCUCUUUUACUCUGAAGUUAGAUAUUUCUUAAAUACAGCACAGAGUUGUUUUAAUUCUCAUUGUUAAUAUAUUAACUUUACUAGCAGGUGCUACUUGUUAAGAUAUAGUGUUUUAAAUUCCUAACUAACCAUAAUGAGAAUAACAUAUUUAAAAUAUAACAUAUGUUCCAUGUAUUUCUAAACUGCCUUUGCUUCUUGGAAAUAAUUCAAUUUCUAAUUGAUUGUAGUCAAUGUAGAGAUAGUUGGAAAAGAGUUUGUGUGCAGCAUCUGCAAUUUGUUCACCAUUUGCUCUCUGCCAUAGAUAUAAAUAUAUAGAAGUAAUUGUUGUUGUAUAUGUAAGCUUCUGGAAAUCUUCAGACUGCUUAGUUGUGCUGAUAUGCAUACCACAGAACUUUCUGGAACAUUUCAUCAAGUCACGCAGUCAUUACAUAAUACUUCUAAAAUAUUUCUUUUAUAAGCUUUUGGAAUGUUUCAGAACACUUUGUGAAUGUAUAUAAGGACUCAGCUAUGUAGUAGCAUUGUUGUUGUUGAUGGGAGUGUUUAGAAAGCUAUACUGCAAGAGAGAGCUAUGGUGGAAGAUUGCUAAUUUCAAUAAAUAUUGGAAGAAACUGGGAGUUUGGCUCAGUGGUGAGCUAAGAUGUAGACUGUGGUGGGCUUGAGUAAGUUUAUCAAGGAUAAGUACUGGGCUGCCUUUAGGAGUUGCUCCUUAUAAAGAAUAUUGCAUGUUGUUUGAUAAAGUAGUUGAGCUUGUAGAAUUGUAGUGUUUUUCUGUUAGUUAGAUUAUACUAUAACUAUAUAUAUAUAUAUACAUAUUUAUAUAUAUUGUCUAUAGUUUUCAUUUUUUGGUAAGAUGUUUCAUUCUUUAUGUGCUGUCACUUCAUUUCAGAUCUGUACUAGUUUUAUUCUUUCUCCUUGUCACUGCAACUGCCAAUGGACAUCAAACGAAAGUUACCACAGAAUCGAUUGCUUCAAACACAACAGGUGGGAAGAUUUGAAAUUCUCCUUCAACAUGCCUCAUGUUAACAAUAACAAAGUAUAUAAUCUUAAGCAUCUCAAUCAUUUCCUUGUUUGUUUACCCUGUUUUUCUAAAAUGAAACUUUGUUAGUUUCAUGUAAAUGUGAAACUGAAGCAUUAAUAGAAUUUCCAAAAACUAACUUAAUAUUGUCAUAAAUAGACAGGUAUAGCUUCAUUUGCUGGCAGAUCUCAGCAAAAGCAACAGAUAUUCAGUAUUUUGCAUAAUACAAACUGUUCAGUCAGUUGAUUAUUUGUGAAUAGUCUCAUGCAAAGGUGUGUACAUCUGUAAAAGCACUAACUCCACAUGUUUUUAACAUGAUAUUAAUUGUUGUGCUUAGAGAGUGACCUCAAAGCACAUUCCUCAAAUGUAGAUUAUAUCCACCUAUUUAACUUUGAAAAUUGUCCUGAAAAGUGAAACUAUAUAUACAACUGUCAUUCUUUGUCUUUCUUUAUCCUGAACAACUCUUUUGUACAUUCAUAUUUAAAAAAAAGGAACAUGUAUACUAACUCUCUGAUACUUAAUUGGAGUCUUACAAAUACAGAGCAAAUCUCUCUAAUUGCCUAUGUGGGUCACCAAAUCUCCAGAAUUGCAUUUUUCUUUUAUUUUCCAAUGUUUUGCCCAUUAUUUGACCUUUCAAGCAUUUGAAGUCCCUUACAUAUUUUUUCUUAAACAUUUUUCUCUCAUUGUUUAUGGUUUUAAGGGGUUAGUUGGUGAUGAGGCUGGAGAUAAGAGUUAUAUCGGGAUUUAAGAUCUCUAGAGGUUAACUUUUUUAACAGUGUAACUGUAAUGUUGUUAAGGUGUCAGUGUUUGAUGUAUCAGGCCACUAUGCAACCUUAGAUAUUACUAGUCCUUUCUUAUGGAUCUCACAAUUCAAAGUAAAUAUGCUCUUUUAUUACUUCCAGUAGAUCUUCAAGGAUUGCAUACUUCAGGAAUAAAUGCAUCAGAGAAUAAUAUUAGCCAGAACUCCCCAUACAUAGAAGAAACUAGCACAACUGCACCAUUAAUACCAGAAAAUGACUAUUUAUUAACUAAAAAGUCCUUGAGAUACACUUUACUUUUGGUUUUUAGGCAGGAAUUAGACAGUAGGAAAUUUGUGAUAAAUAUAAAUGCUGUUGAUGGAAGUUCAUCUAAAACUGUCUAUGUCCUUAUAGUUCAGAAUAGAUCACUCUCAUUUCAAAGAAAUAGUUCCAUAUUUGGCAUUGUUAAAUUAGCUAGUGUUUCCUCAUGGCAAAAACUGCUUGUAAGCUUUAAUCACCAAGAAAUCUCAGUCACCCAAAGUUGCCAAGAAUUCAACUACCUAUCACUGCCAAGCAUUAGUAAAUUGGAAGAGUGGGAAAAGAUUGCUGUAACAGCACUCCUUGAGGAUGCCCAAGAUAGUGAUAUUAAGGUAUGUAUACUUACCUGUUGUAAAAAGUAUUCAUUCAACUGUUAUAGUGAUGUAAAGGUAGCAUGGUUUGUUGUGAGUGCUAGAGAUGGUUUUUUGAAAGUUCACCUAUUGAUGAGCCAACAAAAUUGAUAAAUAUAGAAAGAGAGAAAGGAAAAUGCAUUUUGCUUAGUAAUGAGGUUGCUCACUGCUUGGGAUGGUGGAAACCAAAGAAAGGAAUACUGAACAGGGAGAAGAUGGUUUUCAACCUCAUUUAUAACUUGAAAGACUACACACAUAUUGGUAUAUUAAAGAAAGAAAUGAUGGACCCAGAUGUUUUGGCAAUUAUUUUCAAAUUCUGGUUUAGCUGGUGUUUAACCUUGGUAGUAUUAAUAUGUCUUUUUGUUUUGAUUUCAAGGGUUUAUGUAGUUAUUUGUCUAUUCUGCACAUUAAACAAACUAAGUAAUAAAUGACAUAAAUGUUUCUAUUUAUUGGUACAAGAACCUUGCUUUGGUUAUCAAAAUGUUGAUGGAUUUAGACAAAUUUAGAUGAGAAAGAAGAAGAUUUAAAUUUUUUCUUUGAGAAUCUAGAGAAGGCCUUUGCAACAUCUUCAAAAGAAAUUAACUUGUCGUCUCCAUCUGGAACCCCCUUGCCUAUUAUUAACCUAUUAUGUAACUCUUACACGAGUUUAUUGAUUCCACCUCUUUUAAUUAGAAUGACAUAUGUGAACUAUUACUUGUGGAUCAGCAAGAAACUGUGAAUGCUUUCUGCCAGAGACCAUUGACAAGUGAUUGCUCUAAUAGAAAAAAUCUUCAUGCUAAACAUCAGACUAAGGUUAGAGAUUUUUCUUUUAACUACUCAUUUCAUUACUCAAUCAAAUAUUUUGGAUAGUGUACCUAAUGGUGAGGUUACGAAAUUUAUUGCAGGAAAGUUGGAACAGCACUGAAACACAAUCAGGCCAAGGCUUUGUAAGUGUUUGAAAGAUGGUUUUUACCAUACUAUACUUUUUUGUCGUUAGCUGACUCAGAAGAUAUUAUUGUUUGUGACUUUUAUGGCAAUCUGUAACAGAAUGAACUUUUAGGUCAUAUGGGAAAAAAAAGGGCCUAAGGUAUUUGAGUACUGCACUCAAGACCAAGGGCACAGUUUGUUGCCAUAUGGACCAACUCAGACUGGUAAAAAAAUUAUUAAUGUUUUUCUGUGGUUUUGUUUUUUCUGCUUUGUCAAGAAUGGAGUAACUACCCAAUCAGAUUAGAGGAUUUAGGAUUCUGGCCCAAGGGCAUGAUUCUCGACAAUUAAUAUUGCUUAUUCAAAAUUUUACAAACAUGGUUUACUGAUAAAUGCUUACAUUAAAUUGUUAUGCCAUUUGGUAAGUGAAAUGGACAUUUGGUUCAGAGUUGGUACUGACAAUUUGAUUACAUUGUUGUACACUUUUGGACUUUAAACAUGGCUCAUUCCACUUAAAAAAAAAGUAAAUACUAAAACAUUCACACAAAUUUUAUUUUCCUUACUUUUCACAGUAGUUUAGUUUUAAAGAACUAUCAAGGAAGUCAAUAUCUAUUCUGAUAAAUGUCAUUGUUGUAUAUAACCACUUGUGUUUACACUUUGACUGACUUCCCUAUUUAGGUUGCCAUGCCAGCACCUGCUGGAGUCAAGGCAAGUUGUUAGUUCUUAUCAAUAGUGUCCAAUAAUCUCCUUACUACUUCAGCUCUACAUGCAUUAAUUAUUACUUCUUCUCCUAUCUGGUUUCAUCACUUAUUAUCAAUAUUAUUAUUGUAGGAGGACUACUAUAUUGCUAAACCUUUGUAAAAUUCCAUCAUGUGUACUUUGUUUUACAAUUCUCUAGGGUCCUCCCAGUAACACAGUGACAGAAUUAAGAAGAGUGGUAACAGUCAUUGAGUCCCGUGGUCAUCCUGUAUGUCAUAUUUACUUCCUCUAAAAAUUUGCAUUCCACCACUUUUGGAUGUUGUAAGUGAUCUAUAUUCAACCUACAUGUUGAAUAUGGAUACAGAUGUGGAAGUGGGGCAGUGGAGUGCAAUUGUUAUCGUUUUUUUAUUAUUAUCUUUUGUGUGUGUUUGGGGUUCUGAUUGGUUUGACAUUGUCCUUUUCAGAUUUAGUAAUCACUACUGCAAAGUAUAGUUUAUGGCCCAUUUUGCACAAAAUAUUAAUAUUUUGAUUAGGCUAUUUUGCAAGGAUGUAGUCCAAACCCAUUGAAUAAGCUAAUUUGCUGAGAAUCACUUGGCUCAGGAUAUUGAUACAAUAUCAAGGAUAAAAUUAACCAUCUUUCAUUGCUUCUUUUGUCUAAUGGGAUGUAUUUGUGUAUCCACUAUCAAGCUAUAGCAAUAGACUUUUACACUUUUUAUACUAGGGAUUGGUUGGUGAAAUUGGACCUAAGGGUUAUAAAGGUGAUAAAGGCAUGCAGGUAAGACAGGCACAUUUAGACACAAUAUCUCUUAAGAGUUUCCUUUUCUGUGAAUUUAAAAAAUGUAUACACCUUGUUUCUGCUUGGAUCAUCCCUCUUAUGUCAUACAACUUUUUUAUAACAGGGUCCAGGUGGCAUCCCUGGAAAGCCUGGUUCUCAUGGCCCUCCAGGUGAGCAGGUAGGUUGCUUUUUUUUAAUGUUGGCUGAAAAUUAUAAUUUAGGCCAGACAUGAUAAUGAACACAUUUUUUAAUGGGGGAAAUACCAUCUGGCUGAAUUAUGUACACAAGCUUAUUGGAAAGGAAAAUUUAAUCAAUCAAUUUUAAGAAAAUGAUUUAGUAAAUUUGUAAUGCAAACUACCAGGAUGAAAUGUAUAUUAGACUGUACAUCUUUUUUUCAGUAGAUUACCCAGAAAGAAGAAGAAUAAAUCACUUACCAUGCUAGGAUAACUCAAUUGAUCGUUUUUCUUUUUAGGGUAUUGUAGGACUGAAAGGUGAUCUUGGGAUUAUUGGACACCAGGUAAAGGAGAGUUACAUAUUAAAUAGAUUGAAAUAA